ACAGUCCCCCGGGCCGGUUCGCCCACGGGAACUGCUGCUGAUGAGGGCUGGGUGGCUCCGGGAGUCCGGAUCGAGGAAGUAAAGGAGAAGCAGGGCUGUGUGACACCCCCUGGAGCAUCCUGCCAUCUCCCUACCCCGUCGGGGUGCCCAGCCAUGGCCAGACCACCAGCCACGGGCUCGGUGAUUGUCCCAGACUGGCACGAGAGCACCGAGGGCAAGGAGUACCUGGCCUGCAUCCUGCGCAAGAACCGCCGGCGGGUGUUUGAGCCAGGAACAUGGAAACAGCCAAAACCCUGCCGGGAACCACUGUCACCAGAGAAGCUGUUGACUGAGCCCUCAGCCCACGCCAGGCCCUCUGCUGGGCACUUGACACAAUGGACUCCCAUUCAACCUUCUCAACAGCACGUUUUACAGACUUGUCCAAGAUCUAGCCUGCUCGAGCGACCAGUGCUGCCCCCGCCCGUGGCCAUAGACACGGCCAGCUACAAGAUCUUCGUGUCUGGAAAGAGUGGCGUGGGCAAGACGGCGCUGGUGGCCAAGCUGGCUGGCCUGGAGGUGCCCGUGGUACACCAUGAGACCACCGGCAUCCAGACCACCGUGGUAUUUUGGCCAGCCAAGCUGCAGGCCAGUGACCGUGUCGUCAUGUUCCGCUUUGAGUUCUGGGACUGCGGGGAGUCUGCGCUCAAAAAGUUUGAUCACAUGCUGCCGCCUUUCCAUCCCCAGGCUUGCAAGGAGAAAACAGACGCUUUCCUCUUCCUCUUCUCCUUCACCGACCGUGCCUCCUUUGAAGACCUCCCCGGACAGCUGGCCCGAGUAACAGGCGAGGCCCCUGGUGUUGUCAGGAUGGUCAUUGGCUCCAAAUUUGACCAGUACAUGCACACGGACGUGCCUGAGCGUGACCUCACAGCCUUCCGGCAGGCCUGGGAACUGCCCCUCCUGCGGGUGAAGAGUGUGCCAGGGCGGCGGCUGGCAGAUGGACGCACACUGGAUGGGCGGGCUGGGCUGGCUGACAUUGCCCACGUGCUCAACGGCCUGGCGGAGCAGCUGUGGCACCAGGACCAGGUGGCAGCUGGCCUGCUCCCCAACCCCCCAGAGAACACCGCUGGCUGAGGGGCGGUGGCAUCAUGAGCAGGCACCUGUGAUCCCCACUCCUGACCCUCAGGUGACCCAGAGCAGAGGGCAGGAUGCAGGGCCUAAGGCUGGGGCAGGAAUAUUGAUCUCAUCCUGAGGACUGGCCACAGUGGCCUGGUCAGGGAGGAUGGUGGCCUGAAAGGCUCCUGCCCCAGCAGCACUUGUCUGGCAGAAUUCAUGGCAGUGAGGUGGGGGCACAAGGCUCUGUAGGUCUGAGGGCAUCUAGGUGACUUCUGGUCUUCUCCCUCCGCCCCGGGGUCUAGGCUCUCGAAACUGAGGAAUUGUAUUGGCAGGGCCCCAGGGCUCAAAUGUCCCCCACAACCUCCUGCUGCCCUUCCCCCUUCACCCACCCUAGGGAGGGUGAUUGGGGGGAGGGAGUGCCUCUGGGCCCUGGACCUCAAGUGACUUUAAUCAAGAACCUGUAUUCGUUGAGGUAACACCAUCUGCUCUAGAUAAACCUUGAACUCUCAGUGGCUUACCUCUAUAGAAGUUUUUUUUCUUGCUUGUGCUCACCUCAGGUGGAGGUGAAGGUGGGUGUGGGGGCUCUGCUCCACGCACUCAUUCCGAGACCCAGGCUCUGAGAUCUUCAACACGUGGCUUCCCAGUUUGCCCUGGGGCAUCAGCAUCCAGUCAGCAGACAGGGAAUGAGUGCACUGGAAGGUCACCUAGGAGGUUUCUAGGGCCCUGGCCUAGGCUGCUGUGCCUCAUUUCUGCUCACAUUCCAUUGGCCAGCACCCAGUCACGUGGUCACACAGAGCUGUGGGAAAAAGCUGGGAAAUGUAGUCCACCUGUGUGUCCAGGAGGCCAGCCCCUCACUUGGUAGUACUUUCUUGAUCAUGAAGCUGUCAGGUUAGGCUUAGGAGAGGGGCCCUGCCAGCUUGCGGGAAUCAGAAAUCAUCAUUGGGCAGGGCCAGGGACCGGACCAGGUCGGGGUCAGGGCGUGAGUGAGCCUGACAGGCAGCUCUGCUGUGGGAGGCCAGCAAGGGCAGGGGCAGGAAGGUGAGGGAACUUGCCCUUUUUUGUGUCUCACCCCUGCCCCAUCAGCCAGAGACACUGAUGCAUGCAGGCUAAAGUGAGGCGGAGGGAUGCCGACAAAGGGGGCCUAAUACUUUCACUCCCUGAUGACACUCCAUCCAGCCCCAUAGAUGGCCCCCUGGGCUGAGGCCUGUCCUGAGUCUAACCCAGCUGGAAGGGCCCUGAGGGCCUAGGUCAGCCAGCUGACCCUCGGAGCUCCCUCUUGAGAAGCAGCCCCUCUGCACACUCCACACUCACACGCACGAUCAUGUGCUCACACGCACCAGCACUUGUCCUAAAACGCUGCCUACUCCUCCCUCCUGGCACCACAGGAGGCUCGUACACACCCACCCUGCUCACACUCCUGAGCACACUGUUGGCCUGCAAGGCGCUACUUACCAGUCUGUCCACCCUGGGCACUGCCCGGAGGUUUUUCAACCCUUCCAGCGCCUAAAGGACUGAUUUCAACACCUUCUUAUCCCCAACUCAGGUUCAGAGCUGAGACCUGAGUUUAUCCUAUGCCCCAGAGGAGGAAUGUCCCUGGGCAGGACCCCAAGCCUCACAGCCUGCACAGCCCACAGGGGGCUCCCGCUCCUGGACCAUAGACCUUCCCACUGCAGCGUUCAGCUCUGUUUCAGCCCGUUUCCCUCUGUUCUCAGCCCCAGUAGACCUUUCCCUACCAGGCAGAGCAAGGUGUGGGGGUGAGACGUGGUGAAGGUGGCCUCUGGGCCCGACUGUGACCUUCCAGCUACAGGUACCUGUGUUGUGCACACCAGCUACCCAGCAUCCCACCCAGUUAUCUCUGGGCUUAAAACUCCCCCAGAAAGGAAGUUUCCACAUCCUUCUUGGGCACCAUUUCAGCCGAGAGCCAGAAGGUUGCUUUGGAGAAAUAACCCAGAACCUCCCCACGGCAGGGCAGGCCAGUUUCUCCUGGUUAGCACUGCUCGCAUCAGAGAAUCGACCCCUCUCCCACUUUCCCCCCAAACCAAGAGGUGAACAGUUCCCUUGGCUGUCUCCCUGGCUAAGAACAAAGCGGGGAGGGCAAUGGGGUGGGACUUGAGGCCACUUUAGUAUUUAGUAGGCUACCCCCCAGGGGCCUCCACGGAGGGCAGAACUGGGAGCCUGAGGGAGGCGGGAGCUGCAGAGCCAUAAUUCUAGCAGCUGGUGGCUAUGCCUGCAGGGUGGUCUCUGGGCAGAGUCACGUGGAGAGUAAGAAGAGAAUGUGUGUACACGUGCGUGGAUUCAGGCCUGCUUCGGAGGCCUGCCACCUGAGCAGUGCACAGGGCCCCACACUCAGAGGAGCCCCACACCUGGUUUAAUGCUCUGCUGUUGCCAUCUCAAAAUUCUGGACACCGCAAAUUAUGUAGCAGGCCCCACGCAUGUUGCCCAGAGAGAGGGUCUGGGCUCCAGAUACAGCUCCUCUCUCGGGGCCUUGAAGACAGAGGCCACUUCUGUGGAGAGUCAGAAGGCCCCAGGAAGUCAGGAAGUUGCCUUCUCCCCAUUUUGGUGGCAGAAAUUUCACCAUUAGGUUAAGCCUCCCAGCAGCUCAAAGGCAAAUACCCCUCCACUCACCCCACCCUGUCAGGGGCCCUCGGGGCUCCCUGGAGGGAAGGGGUGAUGACCGUGCCCCUAGGCUGGUCUUAGAGGGACCUUUGGGAAAAAGGUAGCCAUGCCCGCUCCUCAGGGCCCUGGAGCCUCCAGACUUUGGGGCUCUGGAGGGAAGCCAGUAGGAGGAGGAACUGUCUUCUCCUGGGGUGGCGUUGGGGUUGUGCUGUGGCCCAGCCCUGCUGCUGUUUGUCCCAGAGUCAGGACUUCCCAACCACCCCCCCUUCCCUCCCCAAUCUGGGCUCUCAAGGAGACCCGAGCCCUUCCCUACAGACGGGGAGUGCUAUGGACUGAAUGUUUGUGUCCCCCCAGAUUUAUAUAUUGAAAUCCUAAUCCCCACUCUCAUGGUAUUAGGGGCCUUUGGGAAGUGAUUAGGUCGUGAGGGUGGAGCCCUCAUGAAUGGGAUUAGUUCUUUUAUGAAAGAGACCCCACAGAGCUCCCUAGCCCAUUCCACCAUGUGAGGACAUAGAAAGCUCUGCUAUAGACCAGGAGGAGGGCCCUCACCAGAAUGCGACUGUGCUUGUGUUAGUGCCUUGAUCUCAGACUUCCAAGAAAUAAAUUUCUGUUAUUUAUAAGCUACCCAGUAUGUGGUAUUUUGUUACAGCAGCCGCAACAGACUAAAGCAAAGAGGCGGAGGCCCAGGGAAGGACAGGCAUUUACCCAAGGUUGCAGAGCCGUGAAGCAGCCCCGAUGCUCUUAGCCCUCUGCACCCCCCUCCCUUGGACCAUCCUUCCCUCUCAUCCCCUAGCGCUGUCUUCUGGGUCCCGCCCCUCACAGGCCCCCACCUGGUCCUCCCUGCUUUUCCAACCAGAAGCCUGGGGCUGCCUGUACGAGGGGAAAUACGGUGCUGGCGCCUCCCUCCCUCUGCCUUUCCUUCCUUUUUUCUUCUCCCCCCACCCUUCCCAGGCCACGUGGAGCUGCUAAAUGAAACUCCUGCUUGCUGUCAGCAGAGCCUGGCCUAGAGGGCAACAAGGAGAAUCUCAGGUAGGUGCCUGGCCCCAGGAUGAGUAAGAGGAGGCAGGAGCCAGAUCUGCAAAGGCUGCUGGGCGGGUCUCCAGAGCCUUGGGUGUGUCCAGGGUUGGGGUGGGGCUUCCUGGUCAUGCCCUGGAUCUCCUUACUCCCCAGGCAGCCUGGUGCCAGCAGUGACCCCCACGUGCCAGGCACUGACUUGGGGGGAGUGCCCAGAUAGAGGCAGGGGGCUCAGGGCCCCGGACAGGUUGGAGUUAUGUGUAGGCAAAUCCCCAGAGGGCCAAGCUGGGGGUGGCGGGCAGGCCCCUCCCUGGCUGUGACCUCAGACCUGGAGGCUGGGACAGUGGCAGUUGGGGGAGUUGGUGUUCAACUCUAUUCUAGAAAAAAGGGGGGUGGAUCCUG